UAUCAAGCAAGCAUUUCGUGGUAAUAUUUUUGAAUAUCUAGGCAAAUAUUUGAAAGUUAGGAGGGGGGGGCCCGGGCCCUCCCCCCCUGCCCCUACCUGGCUACGCCCAUGAUUACAGCAGAGGAAUCGCAAAAUACGCGUUUGGUUUGCAGUUCGAAUCCUCCUUCCUAUCCCCCAACUGUAAGCUCUGAAGUACCAAAAGUAUACACGAAGCUGCUGCGUCUAAUCGAAUUUGAUACUGUUGUCGCCACACAUGGCCCUGGCAUGGAUGUGGAUGAACUGCCACCACACAAGCGUAAAUCGAAUAGUGAACUUGGACCACCUGCCAAGCAGCAAAAGACAAUUUAUCCAGCCUAUUUUAUACCAGAAUUAGCGCACGUUAUUGCGAUGUUUUUUAAUCUAUCACAGGAAUUGUCGAGACAUGAAAUACCAAAUAGCGGCUUGCAAGUGGAAGCUAAGACUAUGUUCAAACAGGCCAAUUAGCUUAUGCAAUUAGUACUUGACAGCUGUGUGUUUUGAUUUUACUUGUGAAAAAUUCGGCGCGGAAAAUGGAGAAAACUUGAGUUAAGGACGAAUUUUACUAGCAGUCAAUACUGUCAAAAUUUGAUUGCAGCUUGGCAUUGUUGAGAAAAAGAAGGAGAAAUAAUUUGCUAGUCCUUCAAAUUUAAGGAUGCAGCAGCUACUGAUCCUAGCAGCAUUGGAACAAAAUGCAACUCAAAGGUCGCUGUAGAAGCUGAAUCGGCAAUCUUCUUUUUGGGAGGUCAACUGCAGCUGCAAUGAUGACCACUUUUUCAAACCAGAUUUUCGCAUGACAUGUGCCAGUUUUAACACACUCUGUGGCUUUCUCGGCAAUUAAAAAAAAAAAGCCGAUGCAAGCUGGCGCACGGCAAUUUCAUUGCAAAACGAGUAGCAAUCGCUUUAUUUGCCCUUUGUUCAGCUGGAGAGUAUCGAGUAGUAUAUGAAUUGUUUGGUGUUGGCAAAUCAACUGUGUGUGCAAUAUUGAUGGAAUUCUGCGAAGAAGUGUGGCAAGCGUUGUCCACACAGAAUAUAAAGAAAUUGCCACCCACGCAAGAAAUAGUUGCUGAAUGUGUGAAUGGUUUUCAUCGCCGUGGCUUUCCACAAUGUCUGGGAGCAAUUGAUGGAUGUCACAUCGAAAUAAAACCAAACACGACUGAUGCAACUGACUAUUACAAUUAUAAGGGAUGGUAUUCUGUUGUACUUCUUGCGCUUGUGGAUUACAGAUACCGUUUUUUAUAUAUAAAUAUUGGUGCACCGGGACGUUGCAAUCACUCCCACAUAUAUAAUCCAUCCCUACUUAAAAAGGUGUUAACUGAGGACUAAGUAUUGGCGGCCAAUAAGAAGAAUAUAUGCACAGAGACCGUUUUUUAUAUAUAAAUAUUGGUGCUCCGGGACGUUGCAAUGACUCCCAAAUAUAUAAUUAAUCCUUACUUAAAAAGGUGUUAACUGAGGACGAAGUAUUGGCGGCCAUUAAGAAGAAUAUAUGUGGUGUACAAAUGCCGGUCUGUAUCUUGGGGGACUCGGCAUUUCGUUCCACCACUUUAAUGAAGCCAUACGCCUUUUCUACGGCCUUGACAGAGAGACAAAAAUUAUUCAAAUUAUUUCAAAGUACAGAAGAGUGGUAGAGAAUGCUUUCGGUCAUUUAAAAGUCCGUUUUCGUCGCAUUGGAAAAGGCUUAGAUAACCGAAUAGGGAACGCGCCGAUGAUUAUUCGAGCUUGCUGUGUUUUACACAACUUUUUAAACGAAGAAUGUGAUAAUAUUAAUCAAAUAUGGUUGGGAAAUUUGGAAUAAUUUGAACGAAAUCGGGAAAACCCUUCGCAAAAUGUUGUACUUGGUGAUAACGAAGCCUCAGCUGAAAUCAUAAGACAAUCGUUGUGUUCUUAUUUUGGGAAGUAAAAGUUAUUCUUUCUCCAUAACUUUUUAUUGAAAAAAUUUAUUUAUUUAUUCGCAUUCAGAAAGU